AUGUUGCCUGUUUUUAACAGAAUUCAUACAGUAGAAAACCUCCGUGAAAGUAACGAAGGCAAUGCGUGUGGGAAAACCUUCAGGCGGAUUCCAAAUCUUACCGUGCAGAAAAGAAAUCCUCCAGAAGUAAAUCCUUUUGAAUGCUCUGACUGUGAAAAAGCCAUCAUGGAUCCCUCAUCACAUAACCACCAUACCUGUCAGUUUAUUACAUCUAGAGAAGCCUGUGGUGGUACCACUCCUAUGAGACCUCUUAGUGGAAAGAAACUCCAUAAGUGUGAGGUAUGUGGAAAGGAUUUCAUUUGUAUCUCAACUCUUAAGAAUCCUGUGACAACACUCACUAGUGACAAUCAGUAUAAAUGUAAUGAGUAUGGGAAAGAUUUCUGUAGUUUCUCGUCCUUUUGGACACAUGUGAGAGGUCACAAGGGUGAAUGUAAAGAAAGUUCUUCUAGUGACCCUUUAUCCCUCCUUUUCUAUAACAGAGAUAAGCCUUAUGAAUGUAGGGAAUUUAGGAAAGCCUUUAAUUUUUCCUCAGCCCUCACUGCACAUUUAGGACCUCACAGUGAAGAGAGGCCUUAUGAAUGUAAGGAACAUGGGAAAGCCUUUGGUUUGCCCUCGUACCUCACUACACAUAUAACAACUCACACUGGAGAGAGGCCUUAUGAAUGUAAUGAAUGUGGGAAAGACUUUAGGCAAUCCUCAAACCUCAUUGUACAUAGAAGGAUUCAAAGUGGAGAAAGACCUUAUGAAUGUCAGGAAUAUGGAAAAGCCUUUAAGUGUGCCUCACAUCUCACUAAUGAUAGAAAAACUCACAGUGGAGACAAGCCAUAUAAAUGUACAGAAUGUGCGAAAGCCUUUAGUCAGGCUUCAUCCCUUAUUACACAUAUAAGAACUCACAAUGGACAGAGGCCUUACGAAUGUAAGGAAUGUGGGAAAACAUUUAGGUAUUCUUCUAACUUCACUUCACAUAGAAGAACUCACAGUGGAGAGAAGCCUUAUGAAUGUAAGCAAUGUGGGAAAGCCUUCAGGCAGUCCUCAGGCCUCAUGACACAUAGAAGAAUUCAUACUGGAGAGAGGCCAUAUGAAUGUAAGGAAUGUGGGAAAGCCUUUAGAGAUCCCUCACAGCUCACCUCGCAUAUGCGAACUCACAGUGGAGAGAGGCCUUAUGAAUGUGAGGAAUGUGGGAAAGCCUUUAGUCACUCAGGAAACCUCGCUAACCAUAUAAGAACUCACAAUGGGCAGAGGCCUUAUGAAUGUAAGGAAUGUGGAAAAGCCUUUAGUCAGCUCUCAACCCUCACUACACAUAUAACAAUUCACAGUGCAGAGAAGCCUUAUGAAUGUAAGCAAUGUGGGAAAGCCUUUAGGCGGGCCUCAGACCUCAUGGCACAUAGAAGAAUUCAUACUGGAGAGAAGCCAUAUCAAUGCAAGGAAUGUGGGAAAGCCUUUAGUUAUUCUUCAGCGAUGGCUUCACAUAGGAAAGCUCAUAAUGGUGUCAGGCCUUAUGAAUGUAAGGAAUGUGGGAAAACGUUUAAGUAUCCUUCUAACUUCACUUCACAUAUGAGAACUCACAGUGGAGAGAGCCCUUAUGAAUGUAAGGAAUGUGGGAAAGUCUUUAGGCAAUCCUCAUACCUCAUUGUACAUAGAAGGAUUCACAGUGGAGAAAGGCCUUAUGAAUGUAAGGAAUGUGGAAAAGCCUUUAAGUGUUCCUCACAUCUCACUAGUCAUAGAAGAACUCACAGUGGAGACAAGCCAUAUAAAUGUACAGAAUGUGGGAAAGCCUAUAGUCAGGCUUCAUCCUUUACUACACAUAUAAGUACUCACAAUGGACAGCCCUAA